CCUUUUAUUCAUAACUUAUACUACUUUUCCCCAAUUUUGUGCUAUUAUUCAUGACAACAAUCCAGUCACUCUCGACUGCCCGCGAGCAAUAUGGUCCAGCACUCGCUCCUGGUCCGCGUCCCAACCCUGUUCGGCGGGACACGGACAUCAUCCUCUCCUAUUACCAGUCAGACCUCCCAGGACAGUCCGUUCCAUCAUCAUAUACCGUCUCUCAAAACGAAGCCUCUGUCCCUCGCAUUCCCCGAGCACGUUCUGCAAGCACUACAUCCUCAGUUUCGGUCUACUCUCCCGACUCGUCCCCAGCCACGAGCCAUAAGACCCUCGAAGAGGAAACAAGCCCAGAGCAUCACUCUUCUGACCUCGCUUCGUCCCGCAGCGGACAUCAACGGAGACCGAGCAACCUUUCCGAAGGUGGUUCUGACAAAAGGCGCGUUCAGAUCGUUGAAUUUCAGUCUCACCCACCAUCAUCCUCUUGUCCGACGGAAUCAAACUCGAAUAAAGGACCGGACGAGACAAAGAAUAGACCAAACGGACCUUUGACAAGACGUGAACUGAACUCCCGCGGCCUCGCGCUUGUUAUGCCCCCGGACGCGUCUCCAGAAUCAUUCACCGGUAUCAUUACACCCUUGACUGCCCCUCCCGCUGGCAGUACACCUCUCGUAGGACACGAAGGAGCGCACGGCCAGCAUCGCGCCUUCGGUGACGGUCACCAGCGCUCAGCAUCAGAGGCGUCUAAACCGACGGGUAACAAGACACUCCAUCACAAGUCCUCGUCGCGCGACAUUGGGAUCGUUGGGACUCUACCGAAAGCUGAGCCUCGUCACGACUCCGCUCAACAGACGGUAUCUCCUAUUUUCCAAACACCAGUCACACCUACCGCUCCCACUGCUGCGCCUUCUGCCCCGCCUGCAAGCGAGCCCAUGUCCGCAAAUCCGGCGCGUUUCACUAUGCCCACCAUUGGUGAAAGGACGCUUAGCGGAGAUAGCACGUCUAGUUCCUCCUAUUCAAAUCCUUCUCCGACACUAGGCGCAGACCGUUCCAUUCCCUCGAUGUCGUUCUCGUCUGCCGAUCCUUCCUCCUAUCUGUACUACGAGCCAGGCCGACACUCAAAGGCAGGACCAUUGCCACCACCCCCGAGAGCGAUGUUCAACAUUGAUGCAUCGUCUGCCCCGCCUCCAAGGCCACCCCGGAUGCGGUCCCCAUCACCUAUCCGAUCCCGAACAGCCCUUGAGAUCACCUCGAGAAAUUUUGCCUCUACGCCUCCCUUGACAUCCAAACGUUCCACGUCCUCCUUUCCUCAUCGCGACUCUGGUACUUCUACCGAACCUUCGCCUCGGCAGCCCGUCCGAGAUGUGACGAACACUCCAGACUCUGCGGAGUCUAAUGAUCGCCCUAGUAGUAGUCAUGUGCGAGAAGGCGCCUUCGCACCCUCGACAAAGUCGUCGCCUGCAACGGAAUUCGUCUCCCGGCCUGACAUUGCUAUCAUACCGAUCGAGAACGAUGUUGAUUCUGCUUCAUCAUUAAGUCCACCGCCCGUCGCUACCUCGACGAUCAUCGUAGAACCUGCAGAUGAUCUUCCAUCUGAACUUGUUUCGAUUUCUCCAUCGCAGAGAAGUUGGGUCAGUCUCACUCAGGCACUAUCUGAUGGUGCUUCGAGUCCUCGGUCUUCAGAAGAAGAAGCACGGUCUCCACCGUCUUCUACUGGGUUUUUGCCUGUGAGCUAUGGACCCCGGGGCAAGAAGGAGGCAAACAAGGACGAGACACGACAGACUUUCAAUGGCAUGAAAGGAACGCUGACGAACCUGAAGAGGUUUUCGACUUUACCGCGGACACCCACUCUCUCGAGCAAGGCUCCGACCGUCCCCUCUAAUUCUACAACACCUUCUCCUCCAAUGGCUGUCUCAGCUCUUCCUGCUUCUGGUCCCCGUCCUCCUAGACCGAGGAUUCGUUCCAACUGGCCGGCUUCUAUGUGGGGUAAGGACGUGCUCACGCUACCCACAGCAUUGGAUCGUGCCAUGGGCUACGCAGAUAAGAUCAACGAUCUCGCCAAAUAUGAUUGCGGAUUGAGCGACUGGGUGGCGGCUACGAAAGUGAAGGCAUCGAAGGGAUCGUCCCAUCGAGUACCAUCUUCCACAAACCCUCUCAAACUCUCGCCCAGACCCAUAUCUCAACAACCUCGACAUCGCUCCAACGGCUCGGUGUCCUCCGAAGCCACCUUCCCCCUUCGUUCAGAUUCAUAUACUGCCACCGACCUCUCUCCACGACCUAUCGAUACUCUUCCUCCAGCCAACAUCCCUCCACCUGCUCUACCCUACCCCGCUCUCGCCCAAGCAUCCACUCACCGUCUGUCGACCGUCGCUUCUCAUUCCCUACCCAGCCGUUCCAACCCUCUCUCAGUACCCAAACCUUCUGGCGGUUUCUUCUCGUCUAUAGGGCGCAACUAUAGCCUCAACAAGAAGGAAAAGGGUCUCACGUCCGCAGGAAAGGUCCUCCUCACUAAAGCAAACCCCAAUAAUGCCCAUCACGCACAUACCGCCAGCAACCCUCGACCAAUCGUCAUCGCAAACUCACCUUUAGUCCCCGGCGGACCCCGCGCUGCUCCAGGCCGGAUGCAACGUUCGCAGACGCUCAUGCUUCCACCGGCACCUUCGGCGGAACCGCCCAAGUCCGCCGUGCUCGUGAGGAGGAGGAGCAGUAACGUGAAGCGUCCGAGCAACCUGUUCGGUGGGCGAGGUUCAGAGUCGGACGUGCCUCAUAAUAAUAAUAGUGGGAGUGCUGCAUAUGCGAGGGAUCCGGAGUUCGCGAAGCAGGUGGAUAAGUUGGCGGAUUUGUUGCCGCAUGCGGACAGGGAUGUGUUGGCGGGGUAUUUAAAGAGGGCGGGGCAGGAUAUAUUGGCGAUUGGACAGUAUUUGGACGAUGAGAAGAAUGGGAAGAUUAGACGUGAUUGA